AUGUCGAACUUUCCCCAGCCGAGAGGCGGCGGCGGUGGUGGUGGUGGCGGCGGCGGCGGCGGCGGCGGCGGCGGCGGCGGCGGCGGCGGCGAGAAGAAGAGGAGGCGUGGCGGACGAGGAGGAUCGGGCGAAUCCGGCGGCCGCGGAGGCGGCGGCGGCCGAGGCGGCGGCCGAGGCGGCGGCCGCGGCGACGGCGGUCCUUCGUUCCACAAGCCCUCCGGCGGCGCCCCCAACGCCCCCGGGCAGCACGUCGUCGUCCAGAACAACAACAACGGCGCGUCCACGACCUCGUUCGCGGCGCUCGGCCUCUCCGCGCCGUCGCUGCGCGCCAUCUCGGAGGUGAUGAAGUUCACGCACGCGACGUCCGUGCAAGACCAGACGCUCCCGCCGAUCAUGAAAGGCCUGGACACUCUCGCGAGGGCAAAGACCGGCAGCGGGAAGACGGUCGCGUUCUUGCUGCCGACGAUCGAGCUCUUGCACCGGACCGGCCCCGCGCCUGGGAACGGAUCCGUGUCGUGCCUCGUCCUCUCCCCGACGCGCGAGCUCGCGUCGCAGAUACACGAGGAGUCCAAGAGCCUCCUGGCGUUCCACAACUUCAAGUCCCACGUUGUGUUCGGCGGGACGAACAUCAACUCCGAGCGGGGGCGCAUGAACGGCGGUCGGUGCGACUUCCUCGUCGCGACGCCCGGGCGUCUCAUCGACCACUUCGAAACCUCCGGCUUGCAGCCGAGGUGCGCGAACCUCAAGGUGCUCGUCCUGGACGAGGCGGAUCAACUCCUCGAGAUGGGGUUCAAGCCCGCGGUGGACCGAAUCUUAUCGUUCAUCCCGAGAGAGCGCCAGACCUUGUUGUUCUCCGCGACGGUCCCGCAGCAAGUGAGGAACAUCGCCGCGAACGCGUUGAGACCGGGCUACGCGUACGUGGACUGCGUCGGCGAGGAAGACUCCGCGACGAACCUCCAAGUCAAGCAGUGGCUCACGAUCGCGCCGCUGGACGAUCACCUUAUCCUCCUCGUGCAGCUCAUCAACAUGCACCAACAACAAGAGCCGAACCACAAGGUGAUGUGCUUCUUCCCGACCGCGCGUUCGACGCAGCUCGCCGCGGAGUUGUUCGAAGCGCUCGGAAAGCCCGUCACGGAGAUUCACUCGCGGAAGUCGCAAGGGCACAGGACGAAGGCCGCGGACCAGUUCAGGGCGUCCAAGUGCGCGGUGAUGAUGUCAUCCGACGUCACCGCGCGCGGGAUGGAUUUCCCGGACGUCACGCUCGUGAUUCAGGUUGGUCUCCCGUCGUCCAAGGAGCAGUACAUUCACCGGUUGGGACGCACCGCGCGCGCGGGGAAGACGGGCGAGGGCCUCCUCCUCCUCGCCCCGCACGAAGAGUUCUUCGCGAGGCAGCUCAGGGAUCUCCCGAUCACGCCCGCGCCCGCGACCGUGGACGGGAACAUCGCGAGCGCGGUCGCGAACGCGCUCGCCAGGGUGGACAUCAGGACGAAGGAGCAGGCGUACGUCGCGUGGAUGGGGUUCUACAACGGCUCGUGCGGUAAGAUGGGCUGGGGGAAGCCCCAGCUCGUGCAGGAGGCGAACCGGUACGCGCUCGAGGUGUUAGGGUGCCCGGGGAUCCCCGGGAUUCUGAAGAAGACCGCGGGGAUGAUGGGGCUGAAGGGCGUCCCGGGGCUGAACUUGGUCACCGACCUCCCCGGGCAGGGCGGCGGCGGCGGCGGCGGUCGCGGCGGCGGCGGCAACCGUGGCGGCGGCGGCGGCGGGCGCGGCGGGCGCGGCGGCGGUACCGGCGAGAUCGUGACGUCCACGAGCGGCAGCGGCGCGUCGUUCGUCAUUCGCGGUCUCCUCGGCCGAGGCUCGUUCGGGACGACGUACGAGGCGGAGACGGAGGACGGAACGAUCGUCGCGCUGAAGUGCCUCGCCCUCAGGGAGCAGAGCACCUGGAAAGCGCUCGAGCUCUUCGAGCGCGAGGCGAAGGUCCUGAAGAACCUGUCGCACCCGUCGAUACCGGACUACGUGGACUACUUCGAGAUCGACACCGCGGAGGACAGGAAGUUUUGCCUCGUGCAGCGGGUCGCCCCGGGGACGACGCUGGAAUCCCUCGUCGACGGCGGGUGGCGACCUUCGGAGACCGAGGUGGAGGACGUCGCGCGGCAGCUCCUGGAGGUGCUCUCCUACUUGGGCUCCCUGCGCCCGCCCGUGGUGCACCGCGACGUGAAGCCGAGCAACGUUCUCUUGGACCGCGCGACCGGAGAGGUCAGCCUCGUGGACUUUGGCGCCACCGCGGACGCGGCGGUGUCCGAGGCGCUCGCCUCCGGGAUGGGCAAAGGGAUGGGGUCCACGAUGGUGGGGACGUUCGGGUACUGCGCCCCGGAGCAGAUGAUCGGCGGCGUGACCCCAGUCUCGGACUUGUACUCCGCGGGGGCGACGAUCUUGUUCCUGCUCGCCGGUCGCUCGCCGGCGAGCCUGCCGCAGAGCCGGCUGAAGGUCAACUUCCGCGGCGCCGUCCAGAUCGAAAACCCGAGGCUAGAGAGGGUCGUCGCGACGCUCAUGGAGCCCUCACCGGAGGACCGGUUCCAGACCGCGGCGGACGCGAUCGAGGCGCUCGUCUCCACCCGAGGCGGGAUCAUGGGCGGGAGAAACUUCCGCGGCGCGCGUCUCGCGAGCGACGACGACGACGGCGACUUCGCCACCGCGGACGGCGCGCCGGGGAGCACGUGGGACGAUUUCGACGCGGCGCCGGCGCCGGGGCCGCGCGCGCCCGCGGGGACGAGCUCGCGGGGACGAGGUUUGGACGCGACGCGCCCGCGGCGACGGACGAAGAAACCCGCGAACUCGCGCGUCAUCGUCGAGAGGGAAGGAAAGACGAAGCUCCUGAUCGUCAUCCCACCCGCGGGGCUCACCGCGAACGCGGCGGCGACGGGCGGGUUCGCCAUCCUGUGGAAUUCGAUCGUGGCGACGUGGACGGUGAGCGCGCUCGCGGGCGGGGGGAUACUGUUCGCCGCGUUUAGCAUCCCGUUCUGGCUCGCGGGCGGGGGGGUCGCGAAGAUGGCGUACGAGGAAGUGUUCGAAGCGUCGAGGCUGACGCUGGACGCCGCGCCGGGGACGUACGCCCUGGACGUCACGGCGACGGGGUUGAAAAACGACGUCGACGCGGGGGACUUGGACGACGUCACCGGCGCGCGGAUCGUCGUCGAGAGCACGACGAACGACGUGCCGAAUUAUUGUUUAGAGCUCGAGAUCGGCGCGAAGGAGGUCAGGUUCGGUCGGGGGUUGAAACUCGUGGAGUUGGAACACCUGUGCGCGGAGGUGAACGCGUUCUUGGACGUGGUUCAGAUUGGAGGAGGAGGUUGAAAUUAGCCGACACCCGCGGUCCUGUCUGUCGCGACGAAACAAAUAAAUCGUUU